CGGGUGGGAUGGGUAGACGGCGCGCGUCCCCGCGGGGCCCCCGGCCUGCCGGCCUCCCGUCGCUCUCUGCCCUUCGCCCGCGCGGGAGUGCCGCUGGAGAGACCCAUCCAUGGAAGGCAAACCCUUGCUGGUCUCCAAACAGAAGACGGAAGUGGUGUGUGGGGUCCCCACGCAGGUGGUCUGCACAGCCUUCAGCAGUCACAUCCUGGUGGUGGUGACCCAGUUCGGGAAGAUGGGUACCCUGGUCUCCCUGCAGCCCAGCCCCGUGGCCAGUGACAUCAGCAAGCCUGUGCUCACCACGAAAGUCCUUCUUGGGCAGGACGAGCCUCUCAUCCAUGUCUUAGCAAAGAACCUGGUGACGUUUGUGUCUCAGGAAGCUGGGAACAAAGCGGUCCUCCUGGCCAUGGCCGUGAAGGACAGGAGUGUGGAGGGGCUGAAGGCCUUGAAGGAGGUGAUCCAGUCCUGCCAGGUGUGGUGACCCUGGAGCAGCAGACGCGCCUGCUACUCAGUGGGCAGAGGGGACACGCGACACCCGGGGUCAGGCAGGAGGAGGAGCUCUGCCCUUAGCUCUAGAAGCCAGAAGAAAUGGGCGCAUCCCAGGCAGACUGGUACUUUGGGCGCUAACUUAUCCGCGGAUGGAGGAAAGCUGCGGAGUGUGCCUGGGGGCUGUGAACGGUUCUUACCCGGGUCCAGAUCGCUGCGUAUGUUUGAGGCUUGAAAGAUGAGUCAUCAGGCAUGAGUCCUGGCCCCCCACGUGCGGUAUCUGUUGUUGAAGGAGAUUUUUUUUUUCUCAAUAAAUGCCUGUCCCCGGUUA